AUGAAAAAUGUAGGAAAGUCUUGCUUCAGUGUUCAGGAACUAUUACUCAUCCAAAUGUUCAUAGUUAAAACAAAACCUGCAAGUGCAAGUCAAAAACCAAGCCUUAAAAAUCGCCAGAGAAUUCAUACUGGAGAGAAGCCCUACAAAUGUAAAGUGUGUGGCAAAAGUUUUAAUGCAAACUCACAGCUUAAUCGCCACAACAGGAUUCAUGCAGGAGAGAAGCCCUACAAAUGUCAAGCGUGUGACAAGAGUUUUAAUAGAAACUCAAAUCUUGAUCGCCACAACAGGAUUCAUACUGGACAGAAGCCCUACAAAUGUCAAGUGUGUGGCAAGAGUUUUAAUCAAAAAUCAUCAGUUACUCAGCACAAGCGAAUCCACAUUGGAGAGAAGUCCUACAGCUGUAAAGAAUGUGGCAAGGCUUUUAAUAGCAUCACACUGUGUAAUAAGCACAAAAGUAUUCAUACUGGAGUGAAGCCCUAUAAAUGUAAAGUGUGUGACAAAAGUUUUAAUAAAAACUCACGGCUCAAUAGCCACAACAGAAUCCAUACUGGAGAAAAGCCCUACAAAUGUAAAUUGUGUGGCAAGAGUUUCAGUCAAAAAUCAUCACUUACUCAACACCAGCAAAUCCACACUGGAGAGAAGCCCUACAAAUGUAAAGAGUGUGGCAAGAGU